GGUAUCUCUUUUCAAAAAUUUAUUAAAAAUUUUAGAGCUGGGUUUCGCGUGGCAUUCUUCCAACAAUCGGCGCUCAUGGUGUAGCCGCUGUAUAGCCAAAAAGUUCCUUAGCAGACACGAACAACAACCAGGAAUGGAACAAACAGGCCUUAGAAGAGAACUCGAUUUGUAUCCUGUUGAACCGAAAAAAACAAUCGUCAACUCGGAACGUAACAAGUCUGCACCAGCUGAGAGAUCUACACCACCGCCAAGCGAAAAGAAGAAAGCCAGCAAGCUUCCAAGAAUUGCAGUGAACACCAAUCCCAAACACUUUACGAACAAAUACGUAAAAGGUGGGAAAGGUGGAACAAGUAAAUAUGAACAGCCAGUUCCAACUAUUAAGAAAGAUGACUGCCGUAAAUCACAGGAGCUAAGACACAGUCAAAUUCCUAGUAAGGAUGUUUUGCUGAAGAGACAAGAUCCCAAUCGAAUAGUGCCGGGAAAAAAUACUAUUCAGAGAUUACAGAUCGUCAAAGUCCAUCCUGAUUUCUCAGAAGUGCCAAGGACUCUGAAUAUAAACGCAGCGAAGCCAAUACCUACUUUAGGUUCCAUUUAUCGAAGAAAUGAACGGAGUAAUCGAAUCAAUGAAUGGUACAGAGAAUCCAUCGAGGACUACUUGCAGGCGCCGGCCAAUUCAUUCGUCCAUAGCGGUGAUACGAUUGUGCAAGCAGAAUGUGUGGAAGACGACUUCUCGAAGAAUUUAAGAAACAUUGAAAACCAGCUAGCGAAUCGUGACACUUCCGAAGCAAUGCCGGUCGCUAAUUCUCAGUAUGAGAGAGACAACAAGAGAUUGAGUCGACCCUCGCUGUCUACACGUCUACGAGACCAAAUAUCUAAGGAGUCAGAAACCGCAAAUGUCGGAGACUUUAACGUCGUCAACACAUUAUCUUCAUCAAAUUCAGUGAAGACCCUGGAUCUCAAAUCAACUGUCAUGGAAAUGAGCACAGCACACAAAGAGCUGCUAAAAAAGUCAUGGGUGAAAAAGAAGAAAUUAUUUGCCGAAUUUACUAUUGGUCUCAACUCUCAAGUGGACACAAAUGAUCGAUUUGAGACAGACAAUCAUCAUGAAACAGAUGGUAAACUUGAAGCCAAUGAACAACCUGAAACGAAGAAUCACCAUAAAACAGAUGAUCAACCAAAAAUGGAUGACAAAAUUGAAGAAGACUUCUGCAAAUCUUCUCAAUGUACUUGUGAAAUUCAAAAUGAUGCAUCUAACAGCACUCGGACGGUAGCAUCAUACGUUUUCUGCCCUUCGGAAGUUUUACAGAAAGUCACUAAUAUGGAGACAGCUGAUGCAUACCUGUCGCAACACACCCUCAGCUUAGACGUAACAGAUUUAGAGAGCCGUGACGACUUAAGCCAGUGUACAUUGGAACAUCCGGAUGAUUUUAUGGAUGACUCUCGUUAUAACAAUACACAGGGGUCAUGCAUACUCAGCCCUGUGAGGGUGUCUCAUACUUCCCUACAACCUGAAGCUUGGAGACACCCGUAUUAUGACUACCAGGGAAUAACCGUCCCUUUGACUCAAGAAGGCUCUAAUUCGGGUUCAAGAAACACUACUUACGUCGUAACAAAUCCCAAAAAAAGUAUAAAGUCGGACCGAUUACGCAACCACCGUAGAGGGUUAACAGAAGCGAAAGGGGACAAACUUCGUAGGAUUCAAAAGAUAUGUCGCCUUCGUUGGAACAGCAUGUGGAACAAAACCACAGCCCGACUGAGCCGCUGCAGAUGGUCGAAUCCCUCGCGCUAUUAUUGUAGACCCAACCCGCGGUUUAAGAGAUUUCGCACUGUACUUGCAUUCCAGCAAUCAAUUGUAAACGAGGAUGCGGCGGCGCAAACAGUUCCUUAUAUUUUCAAGAACAUUGUAACUCAUUCUGCAUCAAAAAGGGAUCAAAGAUCAGCAGCAGUUAUAACAUCAUUGCGAUUGCUCUCACUGCUUAGUAAUAUAGCCAGGACAGAUGAGACACAGACAUCGAUUCGAAACAUCAAUGGUGCUUCUGUCAGUCCUCAAUGUUUAAGGAAAGAUUUAAAUUCACUGUCAGUUUCAAAACGUGAAAAAACGAUCAAGCCAUUAAUUAAAUAUAGAAGUGAUCCUUCACCACGCAAAUCGUGGAACGGUAGUUCCAUAUCCAAUAUGAAGUCAUUUAAGAUAAUCAAAUGGGAGACACGAGAUGGCAACACGUCAUGGAGUUACGUUGCCGAAAAGAAAAGACGUCGAAAUCCAGAUAAGCACAAAACAUUAACUGAGAUUGCCAUAGGCUCGGAUACACAAGUCACAUUUACGAAGUACCAUGCUACAGCUGAAAAAGGUAUACACACCGAAGCGAUAAAGGGAGUUGACAUUGAAGUAUCAACGGGGUCUAGUAUUUUUCAAAUGAAAAAGGAUGUCGGCCUUGUCACAGCUUCGACACAGUAUGAAGUUGAUUUUAUUAAAACAAGCAAUCAAAAUAUAAGCGAAGUUAAAAAUCCCUUCAAUAAUAAUCGUGGCAUACAAGACAUAAACAUCAAACCUUCAAAUAAAAUCGAAAUAACAGAAACAUCAAAUCCAGACGCUGGGAGGAACAAAGUAUCUAAUGGCUCUAGUUUAGUGACUAAAGAAUCUGGUUUUGAUAUCGAUGCCAUUAUUACAGAUUUUGUUAAAAUAACCACACACUCUCGGAAGCAGAAAGUAAGGAUAAAACUUCAGUAG